AUGCAUGCUUCAGCAUAUGGCUUACAGCGAGUUCCAAAGCCAGGACCUCUCCCUGCACCAUCCCCUGCAUCAAAGCCAAAGCCAGGUCCGUGUGCAGGGCCAUCCCCUGCAACAAAGCCAAAGCCAGGUCCUAGUCCAGCGCCAGCCCCUGCAGUACCAAAGCCAAAGCCAGGUCCGAGUCCAGGGCCAGCCCCUGCAGUACCAAAGCCAAAGCCAGGUCCGAGUCCAGGACCAGCCCCUGCACCAAAGCCAAAGCCAGGUCCGAGUCCAGGGCCAGCCCCUGCACCAAAGCCAAAGCCAGGUCCGAGUCCAGCGCCACCCCCUGAACCAAAGCCAAAGCCAAAGCCAGGUCCGAGUCCAGCGCCAUCCCCUGGACCAGCGCCACCUAGGAAACAUAACAUGACGUUUCCCGCGAUCUUUGCCUUUGGAGAUUCGAUCUUAGACACAGGAAAUAAUGAUUACAUUUUGACAUUGAUCAAAGCUGAUUUUCUCCCCUAUGGCAUGAAUUUUCCGGAUGGAGUUCCCACGGGCAGGUUUUGCAAUGGCAAAAUCCCUUCUGAUUUUAUAGCGGAUUAUUUAGGAGUAAAACCAGUUUUACCGGCAUAUUUGACACCGGGACUAACCAAGGAAGAUCUCCUCACUGGUGUUUCCUUUGCUUCGGGUGGUUCUGGUUUCGAUCCUUUGACACCUAUCGUAAGUGCUAUACCUAUGUCAAACCAAUUGACAUACUUUCAAGAAUACAUAGAGAAAGUGAAAGGCUUUGUGGGAAAAGAGAAAGCUGAAUACAUAAUAUCUCAAGGCCUAGCCAUUGUGGUAGCUGGCAGCGACGAUCUGGCUAAUACCUAUUAUGGUGAACACUUGGAAGAAUUCUUGUAUGACAUCGAUUCAUAUACCUCUUUUAUGGCUAACUCUGCAGCAAGUUUUGCUAUGCAACUUUAUGAAUCAGGAGCAAGAAAAAUAGGAUUCAUUGGUGUUUCUCCCAUCGGGUGUAUACCGAUACAGAGAACCACAAGAGGAGGGCGUACUAGAAAAUGUGCUAAAGAACUAAACUUCGCAGCUCAGCUUUUCAAUUCCAAACUCUCCACAAGUUUGAAUGCAUUGGCCCAAACCUUGAAAAACUCCACAUUGGUGUAUAUUGACAUCUACGCUUCUUUUGCUGAUAUGAUUCAAAACCCCCAAAAAUAUGGAUUUGAUGAGAUUGGUAGAGGAUGUUGCGGGACGGGGCUAUUCGAAUUAGGUCCGCUUUGCAAUAAAUAUACAUCAUUUCUUUGCAAGAAUGUGUCUUCAUAUAUGUUUUGGGACUCUUACCAUCCAACUGAAAGAGCAUAUAAGAUCUUAAGCCAAAAGUUUGUAGAGAAUGACAUGGGACCUUUCUAUGAGAAAUAA